UGUUGUUUUGUGUGACACUCUGGCGGGCCCUACUGGUGGAGGAGAACCAGCCGGAGGUGUUGUGUAGUGUGACGGUGCCGUGGGACGGUAAACUUUUUUCCCCUGCGGAGAAACUUGAAAUGAUUCGCGCCGUUGCUGCCGAAACAGCAGCUGGGAUCAACGAGCGGGUUUCUUUGCGGGACGAUGCCGACGGCACGGAGAUGGAAAUAAUGCACGCGCUGCUGCAGGGGCGUGCGAGCCCCAUCCCUGAUGCGGUUAGUGCGGCAAAGCAGUUGAAAGAGCACCUCGAAAAAAGCGCCAGUGCAUUAUUUACGCACACCUCCAGCGAAGAUUACAUAUGCGAGGCAGAGGAGGAAUGUCCGGUUGUUCCGCCGCAGGAUCCAAGUCCACUGGCGUCAGCCGUACUUCGUCGGUACCGUACCCAACACAAAACGAGCAACAAGAUGUAUUUUAUGUGGGCAAUUGGAGGCAUUCCUGCCCCGCAUGGGGCUUCAUUGACGGAUAUGCGGUGGGAAGGUGAGGAACGUGUCAUCUGCAUUAUCACGGCAGACAAGAGUGAGUUUUAUUUUACGGCAAGACCAUCCAUUAACGAGAUGCACACUCUGUUUGUAGACUCUCUGCAUGUGUACUCCUUCAAGAUUUCUGUGACGGCUGUGAAGGAAAAGGCCGUGACCCCAUCGGAAACCGACGGUAUUAUACAAAAGAUUUGGAAGAUUGCGUUGCGUGUGAAAGAUCAUCUUUAUGUUCCUCACUCUGGCCGAAGGCAAUUACUGCAACAGAUGCUCCUGCAAGAUGCUGCUGGCACGGAUGCGGAUGAGGUGGCUUUAGAGGUGGAGCCCGCUUCACUGACAGGCGGCAGGGAAUCUUUUACGCACGGAAUGUCGAGGGGGAAGGUGCGACAUUACAUACAUGGCACCAUUGACAGGUGCGUUGGUGUGGCAGAGGACGCUCUUUAUCUUCAUUGCCAGUGGCAACAAGGCACACGGGAUGGGGAUAGCUAUGAGACGGGAAACGUGGAUGAAAGCUUUACGACGCAGCUUGCCUUUGCUGGUACGGCCAUCGUGGAGGAUUUUAUUCUUGUUCCAGUGCAUACUUUUAACACUCCUUUUGAGUAUCAUCUUGACGACGUGGGGAUGACACCGCUGGAGCUCAUUGUGACUGUGUACAGUGAGACGGAGCGUUCCCAACAAGCACCCGUUGGCUACACAACAAUGACGGUACCGUAUAUGCUGCCUGGUUGCCACUCAUUGCGAGCCCCGCUUUGGCGACCACAUCAAACUGGACGCGAGUUCCUUCGCUCCGCGCUGGUGGGCGGUGCCCCCUCGCUUGUUGACUCAUCCGAUGUAGCCGCACGCAGCAACACGGGUAUGUCCCUCAGGCACGGACUAGUCACGGAGCCAUCUGGCGAGGUGGAGGCGAGGGUGAUAGUGCUGCACCACCACAGCAUGCCCGAAUGA